UAUAAAACGCCCCCUCAACACACCUAAAUAAUCACCACAUCCCCAUAAAAAAAAAAAAAAUUCAUAUCACCUUUCCUAACAAAUCAAGAUUAAGUUAUGGGUUCUGAUGAAACCAAAUCGACGUUGGACACCGAGAGAUCAACCGUGCCACGAACCGGCACCACGACGAAGAGUUGUUCGAUAACUCAAGUUGUCUUAAGAUUCGUUCUGUUUGCAGCCACUUUGACAUCAAUAGUGGUUAUGGUUACAAGUAAACAGACCAAGAACAUUUUCAUUCCUGGAACUCCCAUUCGUAUUCCUGCUGCAAAGUUCACCAACUCACCGGCUCUUAUAUACUUUGUGGUAGCACUAUCGGUGGCUUGCUUUUACAGCAUUGUGUCUACAUUUGUCACCGUAUCUGCUUUCAAGAAGCAUUCCUGCUCGGCGAUUCUCUUGCUAAAUCUUGCCAUUAUGGAUGCGGUGAUGGUGGGGAUAGUGGCCUCGGCAACCGGAGCAGGAGGUGGAGUAGCUUACCUUGGUCUGAAGGGAAACAAAGAAGUGAGAUGGGGCAAAAUAUGUAAUAUCUACGACAAGUUUUGCCGUCAUGUCGGAGGCGCAAUCGCCGUCUCAUUGUUUGCUUCGGUCAUCCUCCUCCUCCUCUCCAUCAUCUCUGUCCUCUCCCUCUACAAGAAAAUCCGUUGAUUCACUUUCCUUGUUUCGUUGUUUCGUUGUUUCGUUGUUUCGUUGUUUCUCUUAAGUCAAUUCAUAUUGAUCUCGUUCUUGUUUUUUCUUUGGUAUUUGUCGAAGUUGAGUUUUAUGUGUUUUAGUUCAAUUAGUAGUGUUGUAUUAUUUAAAUGUCGAUGGUUUUGUAUAAUUGUGUGAUUAGUUUAUUUGUAAACCGAGUUUCUAGUGAAUCUUUGAAUGUUAUUCAUUGUUUUGUAUAA